GGCCGGGGCAGGGGAGGGAGCUGGCUAGGUUAGGGAUGUUUUAGGGCAGUGGAGCAAACGGGAGAGGAAGAAGAAAAGAGGAAUAGACGGGGUUCUGCAGGGCUGCCAGGAUGCGGUGCCACCAGAUUCUGACUGGUGCCUGCAAUGCCAGCACCGACUGCUUUGCAGUUGGCACAGUGUUUGGCAUCCCAUUCACGGUGUAUGCCACUGGCUGUGACCUGGUCAUCAUGGACCAGAACUUCGACCGGGUGCAGAUCAUCCCGGGCGUCAACUACGACCAGGUGCAGAUCAGCUGUGUGGACUGCAGCGCCGACUGCGGCAAGGUGGCCGCCGCCUACAGCAACCGGGUCUGCAUCUUCGCGCCGGUGCCGCAGAAGCCGUCGCGCAGUCCCAACAGCCCGAGCAGUCCGCUCAAGUCGCGCUGGGUGCUGCAGGACACGAUCCGUGCCAACUGCGCCAUCCACAACCUCUCCUGGAACCUGGACGGCACGCACCUGCUGACCGGCGGCGAUUUCCUCCAGAUGUGGGUCAAAAAGGCGCGCGAGGAGGACCUCGCCGAGGCGCGCCGCGUCAAGUUCGCCGUGGGCGAGGAGCACGAGGACGCGGCCGGUCACGUCUGGGAGUGCUUCUGGCGCGUGCGCACCGCCGAGCCGGUGCACUUCAUGGCAUUCUCGCGCGACGGCUCUCUCUUCGCCACGGCCGGCAGCGCCGACCAGAUCGUCAAGGUCUGGUACGAGAAGAAGCAAGCGCACCCGUCCUACCGGCACGGGGCCAGCUGGGCCGAGUGGGACGGCGUCACGUACGACUUCAUCUACCUGGCGCACCCGCUGCCAGUCACCGGCCUGCAGUGGCGUCACACCAGCAAGUUCAUGCACCGGGGCGCUGUGGCCAACAUGCUGGUAACGUCCUGUCGGGACAGCAUCUGCCGCGUCUGGGUGGAGACGACGCGCGUGCCCGACGACGGCAUGGUGGACAUGGGCUGGCUGUCGGCUACCUCGCACGACUCCAUGUACCUGCCCAGGAAACACAAGCAGCACAAGGUGCUGCACAAGUUCAAACACAUGCGGCAAUGUUUCCACCUGCGGCGACCGCACCGGUCGUCCAGCCAGCCGCCCGACUGGCGCCUGAUCGACUCGCUGUCGUCGAUGAACGGCGACGACGGCGGCGGCGCCCAGCGGGCCGCCAUGCAGACGCUGCACUUCCACCUGGCGGCCAGCAUCAACGCCGAGUCAGAUAUCCCUCUGGUGCCGAGCAUGGGCACCUCUGAGGCGGGCUCGUCCAUGAACUUCAUGGUGCACUGGCUCAACAACAAGGAGAUGACGUACACGGACGAGAUGGAGCGGCUGAUGGCAGAGAUGGACCGGCUGGAGCAGCAGCAUCAGCAGGAGGCGGCGGAGCGAGGUACGUGCGGCCGGGGGCCCGGCCUCCGACUGGAGCAGCAGCAGCAGCAGCAGAAGCAGCAGCAGCAGCAGGAGGCGGCGGAGCGAGAAACGUCUCCGCCGGCCGAGGGCUCUGACGACGGCGUGCUUUCCAACUCGCCGGCCAACCUGAGCGCCGUCUCGUCGUCCAACACGCUGGACGCGGCGGCGGCCGGCUACGCCGUCUCCGACGACCUAGAGAGCCGUCUGGCCACGCUGCUGCGCGACUGGGAGCAGGGCGCCGACCUGCUCUUCUCCAUACACCCCGUGGACGGCAGCUUCCUCGUGUGGACGAUCGACUACCUGGACGAGCACCAGCCGUCGUUCCGGCAGGCGCAAGUGUCGUUCUCGUCCCGGAUCCCGCAGGCGUUCCCGUUGGGGGACGCCAUGACCAUGUCGACCAAGCUAUGCCUGUUCGCGGCGGCGCCGCCGGCGGCGGCGGCGGUGGUGGCCGAGCCGGCCGAGCCGGAAUCGCCCCGGCUGCUGUCCGCCGCCACCGCCGCCCUUCCCAGCAUGGCCAUGGUCAGCAAGCACGCCAACGGGUCGCUCAACCUCUGGUCCAUCACGUUCAGCGAGGACUGCAAGUUCAAGACGGUGCUGAACGUGGCGCAUGACCGCCGCGUCUGCGGUCACCGCUUCCGCGUCAACGACAUCACGUGCCACCCGGUGCUGCCGCUGAUGCUGAGCACGUCACACCACACCGCAGCCGCGCCGCCGGCCAGACGCCCGCUCUCGCGCACCGGCGGUGUCACAGAGCUGACCCGCGUCAACGUGCCGGAGAUGUCGGCCUUCUCGCACGUGGCCUGGGUGCCCACCCUGCUGCCCAGCACCACGCUUGGCCCCAUCUGCAACUCGCCCUCCACCUGCUUCGUGGCGUCGGACGGCCGCAACCUGAACCUGUACCAAGCCGUCAUCGACGCGCGCAGCCUGCUGGCUGAGAUCAACAACGCCCAGCGCAAGAUGAAGCGCAUGCAGGGGUCAGGUCUCAGCGAGUCGUCCGACAGCUCGUCCGUGCACGUGCAGCUGAAGACGCAGUCGUCGAUUGCCGACGCGUUCCGGCUCGUCUCGCAGCAGUCCGCGUCGCGGCCCGGCUGCGUCAUCCACAUGGACACCAUCCCGGAUGUGACGCACGACUGGGAGCACACGCAGUUCCUGCACGUGUACCAGGAGCAGCUGAUCAUCGGCCACGCCAGCCGACCCAAGGCGGGCCCGAGCAGCUGGUACCCGGCCGACCCCAGCUUCUCGGCCAUCGUCGAUCUCCACCAGACGGAGACGUUCUCCGAGCCCUUCUACAUCGUGGUGAUCGAGCGCGACACGCUGGGCACCAUGAUACACAUGUGGAGGGUGGUGCUGUCUUCGCAGCCCCUGCAGGGCGACAACGGGCCCGUCGGAUCUCCGGGGGACCAGCCCAGUCCCGUGCUGAAGCCGGUCUCCAUCUCCACCGUCAAGGUGUGCACCCAGCGUCUGCCGCUGCCCGAGGGAGUGGAGGUGACGUGUGCCACGCCGGCGGCCGGCCACCUCAGCUCGGCCUCCAUCUACCCGGCCUGCUUCGCCACCUACCACGUGGUGACGGCCUGCUCGGAUAACACAGUCAGAUUUUGGAAGUGCCGCGUCACCGAGACCACGACGCCGGACGGCUCCGCCUCCAAGACGUACCAGUGGUGCGACUGGGAGAUGAUGAACUCGACCGGGCGCGGCUCGGCGCUGAAGCUGCCCGGCACACCGCUGACAGUCAGCGUGGCGUACAGCGCCCGCGUCUCCUGCGCGUACAAGAUCGGCCGCUCGUUCACGCGCAAGGAGCACGAACGCGGCGCGCGCUUCGUCAACCUGGGCGUGGUCAUCUACGAGUGCGAGUCCAGCGGCGGCUCCGAGUGGGUGAAGGAGGACACGAUCACGCUCCACAACGUGCCGCUGCCGCGCCUCUACACGGCCGCAGACCCCAACAGCUCGCUGCUGGAGGCGUGCGGACACCGCUAUGUGCUGCAGGGCUUCGGCCAGUCGCUGGCUGACGACGGCGACGAGCCGCGCCCACCCAAACCGCCGGCCAUGCGCACUGCGCCCAGCUUCAUCAAUGACAACACGGUCAAGUCGGCCAUCGCCGAGGAGGGUAACAUCCUGAUGAGCGUGACGCACAAGCACCUGGUGCGCAUCGACUGGGUGUCUUCGGAGGACGGCUCGCACAUGCUGACGCUGGGCGUGGGCAGCAAGAUCCUGAUGUUCACCCGAGUCUCCAGCGACAUCACUGUAGCCAACAUGAAGGCGAUGAAGGAGAACCAGCAGACGUCGCGGCCGAUGCUGCAGAAGGCCUCGUCCAUCGCACUCUCCUCGUUCUCGCCCGAUCAGAUCAGGUGGAUGAAGAUCCGACAGAUCAAGCUGGAGUCGGCCGAUGGCUUGCCGCCGAUUCCCAUGCAGAUGAGCUGGGUUCGCGACGGCGUGCUCAUCGUCGGCAUGGACAACGAGAUGCACGUCUACAGCCAGUGGAAGAUGCCGCCGCUGAGCCUGUCGCGCCGCUCUCGUGGGGAGCUGCAGCCGCUGACGGACGACUACGUGGAGUCGCGUAACCUCACCGACCAGCAGCUCUUCACGUACGCCUCGGACUCCAUGAAGAAGCGCAUCAUGUCCGUGUCUUCGCUGGCCAACCUGGACCUGCUGAAGUCGCGGGCGAUGGAGGCGGCGCGGCCGGCCGCCCAAGACUACAUGCCCAACUACGGCCUGUUCGUGGCCAGCAGGAUCGCAUUCCCCGUGCUGCCACAGUACCACCCCAAACAGCUAAUGGAGCUGCUCAACUGUGGCAAGGUCAAGCGUGUCAAGGCCAUCCUGGCGCACAUCGUGCGAUACAUUAGGAGUCUGUCGCGCCAGUCCCGGCUGGAGUCGGCCACCACUGACCCGGACCUGGAUGACCCGGACGUGAUCGAGAAGCUGGCUCGCAGCCGCGGCAUGUCCGUCUCCCUGCAGCCAGGGAGUCCGCUGGAGCGGCAGCAGACUGAGGACAUCCGACCUGACUACGAGGAGAUUGACUCGGUGCCUCCGCUGCCGCUGUGGAUGCUGCUGGCGGCCGACCGCGACCGGCGCGGUGCGUCGUCGGCCCCCGGAAUGGGGCAGGACGAGGAGAUGUACGACGACCUCUUCAAAGUGGACGAGGACGAGGCCACGCUCGAGGACAUCAUCGGGGCCUCUAGGAAGCGGCGCAAGUCGACCACCGCGCCGCAGGCCGAGGGACUCAGCCACUUUGGACCGCGAGAGUCCCGAAUGCUGACCCAGCUGCUGACGCACUGCCACCUGCCCGACCUGACGUCCAUUGACCAGCUGUACCUGAUGGCGCUGGCUGACACGGUGGCCUCGGUCGACGCCGACCUGGCCGAGCGGUUCGAUGACCUCUCCGACGACAGCGCCGGCGAGCCCAAGAACACCGGGCCCAGUCUGGACUCGGUGGAUGACUGCGGUCUGCGGUUCGUGCUGGCCAUGCGGAACUUCACCUACCUGUCCAAGUGUCUGCCGCCGAAGGAGAAGGCCGAGCUGAACUCGGAGGGUCUGACCUCGUCGUACGUGGUGUGGGGCUUCCACUCGGAGAGCCAGGAGGAGUUGCUGCAGCUGGUGCCGUCGGUGGCGCGCGGCCAGCCGCUCUGGCGCGAGCUGCAGCAGCUGGGCUGCGGCUGGUGGAUCCGGAGCAACACGCUCAAGCAGCUGGUCGAGCAGAUUGCCAAGGCGGCCUACCAGAAGAGCAAGGACCCGAUGGACGCGGCGCUCUACUACUUCGCCAUGCGCAAGCGAACCGUGAUCGCGGCGCUGUACAAGCAGCUGCGCGAUGACAGGCGCUACAAGUUCUUCAGUAAGAACUUCAACUGCCAGGAGGGCCGGACGGCGGCCAAGAAGAACGCGUACCAGUGCCUGGGUAAGCAGAAGUUCGUGUCGGCGGCGGCGCUGUUCCUGCUGGCCGACUCGCUGUCCGACUGCAUCGAGGUGAUCCUGAGCAAGCUGCGCGACCUGCAGCUGGCCAUGCUGGUCUGCCGGCUGUACGACGGCGAGCUGGACACCUGCCCGCCCAGCCUCGGCAAUCUGCUGGACAAGGAGAUCCUGGGCGUGACUGAGGAGGAUGUGGAUCUGACGGGCGCCCACCCGGACCCGUUCCUGCGCUCGAUGGCGUACUGGAUCAAGAAGGACUACUCGUCCAGUCUCAACACGCUGCUGAAGGUCAACGUGGGCACCCUGCACCCGGCCCCUACCAGGAGGAUGGACGCCCAGACCUACUACGGCAUCCGACCGUGUUCAACUUCUACGUCUACCUGCGCACGCACCCGCCUGAUCGUGAAGCAGUACAAGGCGCAGGGGGCGAUGAACCGGCGCCGCACGCGCACCCAGGACGUCGCCGACGACGACCUACAGGUGCUCUCCAAGCUGCCGAACAAAGUGCUGGAGAGCUGUCCGGAGGCCGAGAAGUCGGCCUCGAUGGAGCAGCUGUCGCUGCCGCUGGCGGCCGGCGUCGGGCCGGCGCCUCUCGAGUCGCCGCGUGCGCCGUCGCCCCGUUGCCGCAGUCUCUGGGGCCAGGACUUCGACUGGUCGACGCCUAAGUCCGGCCCGGGCCGGUGCCGAGCCUCCAGCGUCGGCCAGAUGGACAUCAUGGCGCAGCAGCUCAAGUUCAUCGAUCUGAACUGCGACCUGGGAGACGACGCUGCUCUCAGCAAUUGCAUCAGGACGACACUGCUCGGCCUGAGCGACAAGGUGCGCCAGAAGAGCGACCCGCUGCAUCUGCCCAACCGCUACGACAGGAAUGGCCGCUACGAGUGGUGGCUCAACAACAUCUUCAUCCGCGGCCUCUCCAGCUACACCAUCCCGCAUCUGCAGGUCAGCUUCCCGGAGCCGCACGGCACUAAGCUGGCGCUCGAGGCCACCAUCAGCUGGCCGAACCUGCGCGGCGACCUGGACGGCAGGGUGAAGGUCACCAAGAAGAUCUGGCGCAAGAAGCUGCGUGCGUCCGUCAGUGCCGAUGUGGACGUGCACGUCAACAACCCGACGGCCCGGCUGAGCGCGACGCUGCGGCUGGAGAUCAGUCCGGACGGCAGGGUCACCGCCGUGCCGGAGAACACCAACGUGGUGGUGGACCUGCCCAGCAUCCGCGUCAAGGUGCGACCGCACGGAGCGAGCGGCAUCGUCAACCGGCUGAUCGGCGACCCGGCCAGCAAGUACGCCAGCAAGGUGUCCAACGAGUGGUGGCGCGAUAACAAGGCCAAGGUGCAGCAGCGGGCCAAGCAGGCGCUGGAGGAGGCGAUCGUCGAGAAGCUGGGACUGGAGCUUAGUGCGGCGCUGCCCGUGCCAGCCGACGAAGAGCAGCCGUCUCCGCCGCCCUGCUUCCCCGGCGACCGGCGGCCCACGCUGCAUGACGUGCUGCUUACCGACAAAAUGGACUUCGAGACGAAGCUGCAGCGCGCCACGAGGAGAAAGACAUGGCUCAAAGCGAACCAGGCGCUCCUGCGCACCCUGCUGAGCUACUGCAGCCUGCAGGGUGCCGGCGGCGGCGCGCUCGCCUCUGUCCGCAUGGAGCUGAUCCUGCUGCUGCAGGAGUUGCAGCAGGAGUCGAGCCGGCAGCAGCUGCUCAGCCCGCUGCCCUUCCCCACCAUGAUCCCGCUGCUGUCGGCCAGCGUGGCCAACAACAAGACGGUGGUGAUGGACCCGGUGCGCCACCUGCAGUCUACCGCGCACGACCUGCUGCACGUGCUGGCCCAGCAGACGUCGCCGCCGUCGCCGAGCACGGUGGACGAGUCGGCUCUGGCCGUGCUCAAGAACACGGCCGUGGCGCUCUCCUCGUGCGUCUACCAGUCGCUCUGCGACUCGGACGCCUUCAAAGUCAAGCAGAAGGACGGCAUGGUCGGCUACAGCGUGGACGGCAUCGUCGCCGUCACGUCCAGCCACCUGACGGCGGGCCUGGGCGUGCGCGGCCGCCGACUCAGCUCGGACGACCCACCCACCGUUACCUCACUGCCGGCCAAGUGGCCGGGCGUGACGUCGCUGCGCGCGCUGCUCUCGCGCGAGAAGGACGAGGACGGGCCGCAGCUGACCGUGCUGCUGGCGGAGGUGUUCGCCGCCGUCUACACCAGCCUGCUCAUCACGGCCAUCGCCUGCUGCGACGCCAGGCUGUUGUACCGGUUGGUGCGGCUGCGGGUCGACACGCGCUUCUGGUCGGCCGUGUUCGGAGGCGGCGUCCGCAAGCUGCUGCGGGUCGCCACCAACGUGGUGACGCCGUCGACGCCGCCCGUCGACAUGUCCACACCCGUCGACUCUAGCCUGCUCUCGUCGCUCAACAAACAGCGCGCCAAGCUGAACAUGAAGCUGCUGGGUCAGCUGGCUCCGGGCAGUCCGCCCACGCCGGGCGUCACGCCGCCCACGCGCGACGAACACCCCACCUACCGGGAGGUGUUCGUGCCGCCCGACACCUCGAUCGUGCAGCUGGUGCUGGCCAAGCCGCUCUCGGACACCUCGGGUCCGGCGCUGCGUCAUGACGACACCGGCGACGACUCGGUGUUCGAGUACGACUCGGACGCAGAGUCUGUUCACGAGGACCAGGAUGACUACGAGGAGGACGACGGCACCGGCAUGACUGAGGAGGCCAACAUGGAACACUCGGACCCGGCCUCCUUCAGCUGGAAGCUGAUGCGCUUCGCAUGUAUGAAGCUCUGCAAGCAGAAGAUCACGCAGCUGCUGGCCGUUGCCGGCAUUGAACAGCAGGAGCUGCCGGUGGCCUCCCCGCUGGUGCACACCGUGCUCCGGCUCAUGGACCGCUGGUCGGACGAGCUGGAGGCGGAGGUCAACUCCAGCCGGCCGCCGACCGACUACAUCCCCAGCCUGAACGUGGACGAGACGGCGCGUGGGCCGCCCAUUGUCAAGUACCGCGCCAUGCUGCAGCCCUACAACACGCCGUUCGACUCGGAGCAGCCGGGGGUGGGCGCCGUGAAGCGGCUGUGGCUAGUGCUGGCGAGGCAGGAGCCCGUGCAGGACACGUUUAUCCGCGUGCUGUUCUCGCGGCGCGGCCCGCUCGGUCCCGGCCCCGGCCUGACCAGCGAUAGCGAGCCAGAGCCGUCGUCAGACCCAAUCAAGAUCAUUCACAAGGAGCAGGACGCCAUCACCGCCUUCUGCAUCAACCAGGCAAACCCCAACCUGAUGGUGAUGGCCACGCAGAAGGAGAUCCAGGAGCUGGACGUGGCGCUGCUGGUCAGCGGGCCCAACUGGCUCGAGUCAGAGACCGACUACGACUCGCUCAACCCCAACAGGGACCCGGAGACGAUGCCGUCCUCCAGCUACCUGGUGGUGCAGCUGCCGAGCGAGGCGGGCGGCAGCCUGCCGGGGCCGGGGCCGGGCGGCGCCGGCUACUCGGGUCCCGGCUCCGCGGCCAGCUCCCUGGUGCCCAGCCCUACCUACUCGCAGACGGGCCGCACCCCGGCCAUGGGCGGACGCGUCGGUCGAACGCAGCUGAAAGGAUUGCAUUUUCCUGGCUCUCAAAACGCCCAUUUCUGCCGCGUUGUGUUGAAGCGCAGUCGGCACCUGCUGCAGCCGAUGCUGCGCCACAAGGUGGAGGGCGUGCGGAGACUGUGCGCCCACCCGAGCAUGUCCGUCUACAUCACAGGCGCGCACGACGGCUCUGUGACGGUGCGAGAGUGGGGCGCCGAUUGUCCGGUGGCCGUGCCCCGGCCCAGCGGCACCUACGCCAAGGUCAACCGGGUGCGCUUCAAUACGCAGGGAAACAAGUUCGGCGUGGCCGACAACGACGGCAACCUCAGCCUCUGGCAGAUGAGCAUGACUGCCCACCAUGGCCGGCCCUUCUACACGCUCGACUGCCAUAGUAAGGUGUGCAGUGACUUCGUGUUCGUCGGCUCCUCGUCACUGCUGGCCACGGCCGGCCUCAGCGCCGACAACAAGAACGUCUGCCUCUGGGACACGCUGCUGCCCAAGCGGAAGGCGCAGGUGGCCGGCUUCUGCUGCCACGAGUCGGGCGCCUCCACCCUGCUUUACUCGCCCAUGCACCAGCUGCUCAUCUCGGGUGGCAAGCGGGGCAGUGUGUGCAUCUUCGAUGUGCGGCGGCGUCAGGUGCGCCACCGCUUCUCGGCGCACGAGGCAGCCAUCAAGUGCAUGGCGCUCGAUCCGGCCGAGGAGUACUUCGUCACCGGCAGCGACGAGGGCGACAUCAAGGUGUGGGGUCUGACGGUGCGCGACGCCUUCUUCUCGUUCCCUGCCGAGCACGCACGCGGCGGCUUCUUCAAGAACGCCGGCCACGGCGUGACACAGCUGCACAUCGACGGCGAGCACCGGCUGUAUUCGUGCGGCGCCGACGGCUCGAUGAAGCUGCGACUGGUGCCGCACCGCGACGCCGUCGUCCAGACCGUCUUCUGAGGCUGCGCUAUGUGCUGGGGUCACCCCGUGGUCCAGUCCGCGCGCGCUGAACGGGCCGAGGACACGUGCUGGGGUCUUACUGCGGUCCGGUCUGGCUGAUGAUUGGCUGGUGUGGUCCUUGUACCGAGACGACCCUGUGACCCGGUCCGUGCGCUGAGACAAUGGCCUGGUUCGCGUUCUGUACUGAGACCAGGUGCGUUCUUGUAUCCAGAGUGCUCGUCUCGGAGACCAGCCAGCACGCGGUCAGAUGGCUCGGGCUGCGUCAGGAGGCAGAAAGGGCCGCGAGAGUAAUACAUUCCAGACUGAUGCCAUCCUGCAGCGUGCACCAGACCCCGCGGCCGGCAUGACGGCAGCGGCGGCCGCUCCCUGGCAGCAGAGAGCGGACGGAGGCCGGCGCAGGGGUCCGCAGCUUUG